GACGAAAUUAAAUGAUUUUUUAGGAACCAUCCACUAUGAUGAUAUAUAUCGUCUUCCUUAUAAUGGCAACGUGCAAAUACUUUCUAUUCAAUCAAGAAGUAAUGGAAGGGUUCAAAUUUUAACAGGAAAUGGUUUGAUGAAGCGAAAUUUAGUGCGCGAAUCUCAAAGGUUACAAAUCUAUAAUCGACAUCUGAUCAAUUUAGCAAUGAUUUAUAUAUGGAACAUACAUUCGACUUCAUUUCAAAGAGGUCAAUUCAUAGACUUGGCAAACGAUGCGAAUAUUCUAAAUCGAAACCACGUUUCGCGAGGUGAUUGGAUCAAUACCCCUAGCACUAUUGAUCUUAUUUCGAGAAUAACGGUUCCACAAAUUUCUAGUAAUAAUAAUGAGCAAAAUUUCUUUAACGGUGCCGCCUUUAGUGAUGGCAACAAUUUCGAGUCUUUGCUUUCACCUGACGAAUGUUUCUUGGAACCUUUAUCCUUCCCUUAA